AUGAAUUCUAAUAUGUUUGAAAGUUCCUCUUCGUUACCCAGUACCCGAUCAAUUAUCGAUAUUAUUGCUGAUAAUGUUGAAUCGGCUACUAUUUCUACUCAAAAACAGGAUCAUUCUUCAAUUAAAUCUAAUACUAUUGCUGCUCAUAAAUCAUCUGAAACUCCAAUA